AGUCGCCGAUCGGUCGAGUGAAGAUCAUGCUGAAUGGAAAAUUCUACACGGGCCUGCCGCCCAAAAUGGUGGAGCGUCAGGCGGUGAAGGUGUGCAAUCGCCAGGAGUCCCACUUUUUCUGGCCCGAUGAUUCCCGGGCGGAUUCCGCUGUGGAAAAUCGAGUGAAGCGGAGAAACAGCCAGCAGUUGGAGAGACCUGUGGAGAGGAUUACCUCCACUCAGGAUUCUCCCUCAGAAGUUGACACCAGACGAAUGUUUCACAAGGAGUUUGCCAGCUCAUCCAUACAGUUCUAUGAUAAUCUGCAGUCCAACCAGGCUAAAAAACCUUUGGGCAGGGGACAACGCAGGGAAAUAACACCCAAGCUCACUGAAGUGAGACCCCAAGAAUUGGUUAAUAAAUCCGAGGAUACCACAGAUCGUCGCCAUCAGGCUUAUAGCUCAAAAAUCCAAUUCUACGAUUAUGUAAACGAGGCAGAUAAUGUCACUCAAAAUAAUGCCAGACGACCGCAAAUGGACUUUAAUGACAAACGUGAAGUGGAACUGAAUUCCAAGAAUAGCCCUAAAUUGCAGGUGAAAAGAAAUGUGCGCAGUUUCAGUGUGGAACUGGAGGAGCCCAAGGUCACCAAAAAGCCGCUGAAUGACAGCCCCGAAUGGCGACGACCACGCCCACUGCCUCUGCAGGCACAGCCCAAAAAGAUACUGAAGCAAAUGGAACAGGAUCCAUAUGAUUAUUUGGAAAAUCGCGUCAGGAGAUUGCAGUUAACGCGGAGUCCUGGUUUGCCCAAGAAACAUGUGACCUACAAUGAGGAGGCUGCGGAAUAUGCCUACUACGAUGAUCGUGAGGAUCGUGAGGAGCCCACAUACGAAAGUCGACCUCGUCAGCAGCCAAAUAUGCCGACAGGAAGUCGUCAGCAGCAACGCUCUUUUAUGGAAACUAGUCGAGCAAAGCCAUUAAAUAAUAAUAAUAAUUAUCAGGCCAGCCCAAACGCUAGGAAAAUCUUCCCAAAAUUGCCACAGCUUCAAAACUCCAGAGGGGUGCCCAUACAGCUGGUCGAAGACGAAGAGCCCCCCUUGCCCUCUGACCCCCGCAAACACCUGCGCAGCAGCCUCUGCUUCAGCGGCGACGCUUUGAUGGUGGGCGGUCCGAUGGACAAGACGACGACGGCGCAGGCGCGACGCAGCUCCGCCGGCCAGAGAAUCAGCGUGGGUCUCCCCGAUUGAGAUUAAGCGCUCCAAUUUGCAUGUUAUUUCUAUGCAGUUGCACAGGGAGAAAUGCAGGUGAAAUGUGAGGAAAAACACCAGUCAGUACCUAUCAAAAAAUCAAUCGGAAAUCUUUUAUUAUUUCGAAACUGAAGAAGAGAUUGAAAAUCAUUGAUAUUUUCGAUGUUUUCACUAUACCAUUUCGUUAAUAUCGACAUUUCGAUAUUUAUUAUUUCUACCGCACUAAAAACAUCGAUGUUUUUACAAUACCAUUUCGAUCAUAUCGAUUUUUCUAAUGAGAUCAAAGAUUUCACGGUCUAAACUGAAGCACUGAUUCAAUAGUAAAUUAUUCCCUGUGUAUUAAAGCUGACAGCCACAACCUGCAAUGCUAAUUGAAAGCAACAACUAAGAAAAACGCCGACUGCGACUGCAGUAGAAGCAGCAACAUCAGCAGCAACAGCAGCAACUUAAACCAACAGCAGCAAUAUUUCUAGGCACGGCAGCAACUCAACCCUCUUUUUGAGUCUUACUUAUAAGACUUUUACGAUCAUCUGCUUAACUUUGACUUCUCCCACAUGCGAAUGAAUGAGUCGGCUUUUGUGUGUUAUUUUUUCUGUGCGGUUGAAUACAUAAACAAACCUUGAUCUUGACUAAUUUGUGAGCAUUGCUGUGGUUGUUGUGCAAUCCGAACAUGUAUUAAUUUAGCUUUUAAAGCCAACGCAGAAAAAUCUAUAAUUAUUAUAAUAGAGAUAUAUGCUAAUAAACUGAUAUAUAACCAAAUGAACUUUGAAUUGGGAAGCAUUCAAUUAAGCCAUAAAAGUAAAAGCUAUAUUUUUGUUAGAUUAAGGGUUAAAACUAAUAAAAUAACUUGUAAUAUAAAAA